CACGAAGGAUCGAGUCGCUGAGUGAGGUCUUUCGUCCUAUUGUUUGUUAGAAUAAGAAGUUUGAAGCCGGAGGCAACUGGUCAAAAUGCCAGAGGAGAUGGCAGACGGUGGGAGGAAGCUUGUGACUCUCGACGACCUCAUCGAUGCUCUGGACAAGCACGAGAGGGCGCCGAGCAAUGUCCCGAAGGUCGAGACAUUUCACUUCAAAGGGGAUCGGGUAUCUGAUUGGUUGGAUCUGACAGAGCAGGCGCUGGUGGGACUGUCAGAUGAGGUCAAGCUUCAGCGGGUCCUGAGGUAUGUCCUGCAUAGUCACUACCGAGAGGUAACUAAGGUCGUGGAUGCCGCCGGUGGCAGUUGGACGAAGUUUGGGGACCUAAUGCGAAGGAAGUACAGGCUGGGGGACGACCUGUUGACCAUGGCCGACUUGGAGGCCAUGAAUAAGGAAGAUUUCUUUACCAUUGGGGCGUUCGUGCACGAGUUUAAGAAAAAGGCGAGGAAAGUGCACGAGAUUUAUGAGGAGGCGCAAUGCGCCACAUUUUUGGGGCUGCUCACAGGCUCGGAGGCCACAAAGCUGACAAAGUAUGGGGAAGGGAGCGAGAGGCUCACCUGGGCAACCAUUGACAAGGGAGUGGAAGAAGGGAGCCUGGACCAGGUGGAGCAGCACCAAAUGAGGCUGCAAAGGCGCAAGAGGAAGGAGCGGGAUGCUACUGCAUCCGGGACCCUAGGGGUAAAGAGAAUUGUCACG